ACCUACUUGAUCUUCUCCGCUGGCACCGAUCCAUUUUUCCUGAAAUUAGAGAUUUACAGUACCUUCAAGUGUCAAUCGAUGGCUCCCGCUAUCGCUGUUAACCAAGUCAUUCCGGACGGAAAUUUAUCUUACUUUGAUGAUCAAGACAAGCUCCAGACUGUGGCCAUACAUUCGCUCGCGAAGGGUAAAAAGGUCAUUCUAUUCGCAGUUCCUGGAGCCUUCACUCCCACUUGCAGCAUGCAGCAUGUGCCUGGGUUUAUUGAGAAAGCUGAGGAAUUGAUCUCAAAGGGUGUUGAUGAAAUUCUCUGCCUCAGUGUGAAUGAUCCCUUUGUGAUGAAAGCUUGGGCAAAAACUUACCCGGACAACAAACACGUCAAGUUCUUAGCUGAUGGAUCUGCCACAUACACCCGUGCCCUUGGCCUUGAGCUUGACCUCUCAGAGAAGGGGCUUGGCAUUCGAUCUAAAAGGUUUGCACUUUUGGUUGAUGAUCUUACCGUAAAAGUUGCUAAUAUUGAAUCAGGCGGGGAAUUCAAAGUCUCUGGUGCUGAUGAAAUCCUUAAGGCUCUCUAGAUAAGUGUUUUUGCUCAAGUGUCUUUCAUAGAUGAAGCACUGCCUUUUUUUAUAAGUAUUUACCAUUAUGAAAAAACAUAUGACCGAUGUUUCCAUGAACCUGUCUUUUUUGAAAUAAAAUGACUUGUGAUCCUUUAAAUUCUACCGUUGGAUAUAUGAAAGGAAAAUUUGAUUAAAACCACCUGAUAAAUACUUCCUUUUGUA